AUGUCCUAUCGAUACUUCCGGCGGGACAGCAGGCUGGACAGGGUCACGCCGAACGACUACCCGCGGAUAUAUCUCUUUGGCGACUCCCUGACCGAACGGGGGUUCUUCCCGCAGGAUGUCGGGUUUGGCUGGCAGCUACAGAAGUACUAUGCCGAUAGGGUAGAGGUCGUUAAUGAAGGUUACUCUGGGCAAACGUCAAGGUCGUUGCGGAGACAGUUCAAUGAAUACCUAAUGGGAGCUAUCAAGUCAAGAGGACCGCCAGCGCCGCUCUUCAUCACUAUAUUCCUGGGAGCCAACGAUGCAUGUCUAUCUAUGAAUGGGCCUAUGGUCCCCCUUCAAGAGUAUGAAGAGCAUAUCCGCCAUUAUCUGAAUACCAUACUAGACGACCCUUCCACCCAGGAGACUAAAGUGAUACUCAUUUCUCCACCCCCAGUCAACGUUCCAGUUCCGAUAGGGGAACCUCUAUUGGAUAACCCAGAUGCUGCCAUUAUCCUGCGCAGCGUGGCAUCUCAGGGCCGCGGACACAGGACAUGGGAAUCGAAACGGGCGUAUGCAAAGAAAAUAGUCGAGAUCGGUAAGGAGUAUGAAACCCAGACAAGCAGGGUGGCCGUCUUAGAUCUUUGGUAUUCUAUCACAAAGUCUGUCUGUAGGAUAGAAGGGACAACCCAGGAUGAUGCGUUUUACCAUCUAGACAUCGACGAGAUGCUUCCGGGUUCAGGCAUGCCCGGUGCAAAACCCUUUGACAAGGGAUACUUCACAGAUGGACUCCACUUUGGAGAAAAGGCUAGUAUAUCUCUUUCUUUCUUCCUUUCCCUUUUCUCUCUCUUUCCUCCCGGCCAGCAAGACUAA